AUGGAGGAAAGAGCGAGGGCGUAUUUGGAUACCCUCAUCGCCUCUCUACAAUCUACCGGACACACAGAAACGGCACAAGUGUUAACCCGAGCAAAAGAUGAAUUGGGACGUUCACUAUGGUGUGAAAUGACAGAUGAUUUAAUGCUGGCCAUACGUGAUCCAUUGGUAUUGGAAUCUGCAUAUGAAUUACAUGAAAAUGUUUUGCGAACAACACGAGUGGAUAUGUCUCCUAUGGCUUAUGUAAAGUUAUUACAUUGCAUUUGUUUCAGUCCUAAUAGCACAUUUGAAAAGGCGUCUGAACUUAUUGAUGGUGCCAUUGCCACUCUUACAUCUAUUUCAGCAGAACAAGGUGGAAAUGCGGCUUGUUGUAUUCAGGCUCUUUUAUUGCUUGAUAGGAAUAAUGCAGAAAAGGAAUCUGCUAGUGGAAGAUUUGCGGCACGAGCACGUCGUAUUCUUGAUACUGUGGAAGCUUUUAUUCAUUCUAAACAAAUGCAUGAGGUGGAACCUGUUUUAGCGGCUUUACAUUGUCAAGCCCGUGGAAAAGAUUAUGAAACUCGUCGGCAGUAUACAAUGUUCUAUAAAAAUGCCUUUGAAACUGUAAGUAGCGCUGAACGUGCAGAGAUGCCUAUUAUAGAAAGUGAUAUGUUGACACUUGCCUUUAAAACUGCUAUUGCUGCCUUACUUUCAGAAGAGACAUACAAUUUUGGUAAAUUUCUAAAUGAUCGUCACUUCACAGAUCGUCUUUCAUCCUCUCCAACACAUGCGUGGAUUCUUGAAUGGCUUAAACUCUGCAAUGAUGGAAAGGUGGAGGAAUUUGAAAAGUACGCUGCCUCGCAUGGUGCCCAGAUUGAAGCCUAUCCCGAUCUCUGCAGUGCCUUGCCCUCCAUUCUACACAAAGUGCGCCUCAUGGCCCUUCUCCAUCUUGUCUUCUACACUCCCUUUAACGAGCGGACCUUUACAUUUGAUGUGAUUGGCCGGCGGUGUGCGGUGGAGGCGGAGCGGGUGGAGCCGCUGCUCCUCGCGGCCCUCGCGCAGGGAAUUGUGAUGGGCCGCAUUGACGGACUCACGCGGGAGGUGCACAUCACGUGGGUGGAGCCGCGGGUGUUGAGUCUGCAGGAAGUGAAGGGCCUCGCCGUGCACGUCUCGCGCUGGAAGGAGAAGGUGCUCGGCCUCCUGCAGUCCGUCACGGAGACAACACAGGAAACACAGAAGUAG